UGUUAUUUUUCCAUUAUCAUUGCCAUUAGUAAUCCUCCGAGUGAAUGUUAACUCGAGUGUACUAGCGGAGCCCUUGAAUCUUUCCGGGUGUACUGUGCGUUUCAUUCUAACGGAGAACCGAAACCCACAGAAAAGAAAUCUGAUGAUUAUUUGUUAAACUUCGUAGCGCUUUUUAUGUUUCGAUGCUUCCCAUCGUCAUCAGACAAAAAUCGUGCCAAUUUCAUUUCGUGCAGAUAAGUUGGAAGUGAACUGCCUUAGGAAAGAUCGUACUGAAAAUAGAAAGUGUGUGAAAGUGAACGGUUUGCAAUAGUGGAAAACAAAUCUAUCAGUGAAAACAACAGCAUCCGUCUGGGCCAAGAUCAAAGAUGCCUCUUUUUGGCAAAUCACAGAAAAGCCCGCAGGAGCUCGUGAAGGCACUAAAAGAAGCAGUAAAUUCGCUAGAACGGGGCGACAAAAAAGCAGAAAAGGCACAGGAAGAUGUUAGCAAAAAUUUGGUACUAAUUAAGAAUAUGCUGUACGGAACAUCAGACGCAGAGCCACAAACGGAAAUAGUUGUGUCGCAACUAGCACAAGAACUGUACAAUAGUAAUCUACUGUUGCUACUGAUACAGAAUUUAAGUCGCAUCGACUUCGAAGGUAAAAAAGACGUUGCCCAGGUGUUCAACAAUGUGCUCAGGCGACAGAUCGGAACGCGAUCACCGACCGUGGAGUACAUCUGCACGAAACCGGAAAUUCUGUUUACGCUGAUGGCUGGAUACGAACAUCAGGAAAUCGCCCUGAACUGCGGUACGAUGCUGCGGGAGUGCGCUCGCUACGAAGCGCUCGCCAAAAUCAUGCUUCACUCGGACGAGUUCUUCAACUUUUUCCGCUACGUUGAAGUGUCCACCUUCGACAUCGCCUCGGAUGCCUUCUCCACCUUCAAAGAGCUGCUGACGCGCCACAAAAUUCUGUGCGCCGAAUUUCUCGAGCAGAACUACGACAAAGUAUUCAACCACUAUCAGCACCUGCUGAACUCGGAAAACUACGUGACGCGAAGACAGAGCUUAAAACUGCUCGGGGAGCUACUGCUGGACCGGCACAAUUUCACGGUUAUGACCAAGUACAUCUCCAACCCGGACAAUUUGAAGCUGAUGAUGAACAUGCUGAAGGAGAAAUCACGAAACAUCCAGUUCGAGGCGUUCCACGUCUUUAAGGUAUUUGUAGCGAAUCCGAACAAACCGAAACCAAUUCUCGACAUACUGCUCCGAAACCAGGAGAAGUUGGUAGAUUUCCUAACGAAAUUCCACACGGACCGAUCCGAGGACGAACAGUUCAACGAUGAGAAGGCGUAUCUGAUCAAGCAGAUAAAGGAACUGAAACCGGUGCCGGAUCAAUAGUAAUGCGGUAUGCGUGAUUCAACGUGAUACACACACAGACAAAAACAAAAACACACGUACACACACACGCAAACUCGAUCCGCACGUUUCCCACACCCUACGCUGUGUCCUGCGCUUCCUGUUGAUCCUGUUUCCCCGCACUAGUAUUUUGUAACAAAAGGUAAAUACAUACAAAUAAUAAUAAUAAUAAUAAUAAUUAAAUUUAGCGUAAUCAGUAAAAUGUUAGUUACAAUAGUGGUUAUAAAUAAUAUUUUGAAAACACACACACAUACUGAUAUACACAACAGUCGAAAGAAGUUUAAUGAUAGUCGAUAGUGAAACAAAACAACUUUAUGUAAUCUUAGUAGUCCUUCUGCAAAAAAAAAAAAACAAAAAUCACACCAGAGAGUAAUAUAUUUAUUAAGACAAGAAACAAUUUUCGGCUGCUACCAAACGAUAAUACCUACACAAACAAGCAAACACACAUACAAAAUGUUGUACCGUUGAAAGAAGAAAAAAACAAUUGCGCAGUUUUUUGUCUUGCAAUACCCAUCAGCAGACCUGCUGUAAUUAUUUCUUAGUUUUGAGGAUUCUUACAGAAUGGAAUAAUUGUGUGACCCCCGAAAUCCCGAUCCUCUCAAAGCUACUUGUCAAGUAUAAAAUAGUAUAUUCUGUUGCUGUUGAAUGCAAAAAAAAAAGAACGUAGAAUGGACGCCAGGAAGAAUUACAUUUGUACUUUAGUGUUUUCAUCGUAGUAGUAUUUUUGUUCUAUUCUUGUUAUGUUGAAUAUUACCAUUAUUAUUUGUCAUUUCAAAGCUUUUGAAUGAGUUUUUUUUCGGUACAUGCAACGUACUUUUUACACAUUUCUUUGUUGUUGUCACAUAUAUUUUUUAGCACUUGGUUGAAAUACAUUUAUACCUCAUUAGUCUUCAGUAUAAAUCAAGCACACAAGGAAAUUCGUUCGCUCAUGAAGGGGUAGGGAAAACCAUCACAACGCUUAGGCAAUUAUAGUUCUUUUUUUUAGAAGUUAGAUCACUUGGAUAUGCUACUUUAAUUAAGAGUUCUCGGCUCACUGGCGAUAAAUUAUUAUCAAUUCUUUGUUGAUACGUAUAAAUAGGUUGUAUGAACCACGGCGUUCAAAAUAUUAAAAAAAAAAACGAUCAAAUCGUAUGUUUUUUAUGUUUGUCUCACAGAAAAAGAAAACACUCUACAGGAUAUUGUCGUUAUAAUAGUACUGGUGAUUAUAUUUAAAACAAAAACUGUUCCUAAACAGAAAAUGCAGCAUGAAGGUUAUAUUUCAUUGCACUCUAGAGAUACAAAAAAAAAGGAAAGUUACGAUUGGAACUGAGUGGUUCUAUCGCCAAUUCGCAAUAAUUUCAAAUUUGUGCAUAUACGUAUUUCAUAGUUUUUUGUGUGUUAUUAGUAGGUGGAAUUCGAUUAAUGCAACCCAAAAUUCCCUUUUUCAGCGCGGUUAGAAUGUUUAAUAUUGGUCAAUAGUUUUUGUCGAGCAUAACGAUACAGUUUAGAGCGUUUAACGAUUAAAACAAUCAUUUGCGUUUCAAUAGCGAUAGUGUGAGUCAACAAAAAAAAAUAACAAAAGUGAAUACCAGCUAGCGAACAUAGUAACUAUGUGUGGUUUUUUCCGAGUAAAUCCAUCGAAUCAAGAACAAAAAAAAAACGUAGAUGGCGUGAAACAAGUGGAAUAGUGAAUCCGGAAAGAUUGUUUUAUAAGCAGGUGAUAAAACGAUUGUAACGUGAAUUACUAUUAAAGACAAACGAGUCUAAAAACGA